AUGCCACCAAGGUAUCCUCACAGCAACCCCCCGCCACCCCCAUACUCCCUCCUCCCAACCUCUCAAUCUCCAUCCCCGCCCUAUUCUCCCUCUUCACUUAUCCCCCUAACCCCCCUCCCCUCCCAAACCUCCCCAACGCACCAACGUAUCCUCCACCGCGCCUUCCAAGACUUCCACCGCUCAGCCAACCCUUCCCACUGGGGUCUCUACCGCCACGGCCUCCGCAUCCACAUCAUCGAGAAAGAAGAAGGGUGGGGGAUGUGGGUCUUGAGGGUUUUUGGGGAGGCUAUGGCGCCGGGUUUCGAUGGGCCUGUAGGUACUGGAGUGGGGUAUGGUAGAGCUGGAGUGGGCGGUGGGAUGGGGGUGCCGUUCGGUAUGUACAGUUAA